AUGGCGCCACCUCUUCACCUCGUGAUCCCUUCACUGGUCGGGGCCGCAACCAUCACGUGGGCGACAUGGCACAUAACGCGCUUCCUGACCUUCCACUUCUGGCUGCCGGCGCAUCCGCUGGACGCCUACAAGAGCAAAUCCCCAUCGGCCCCGAAUUGGGCCUUCGUCACGGGCUCCUCGGCCGGUAUCGGCUACGCCUACGCGGCCGAGCUCAUGCACCUCGGCUUCGACGUGAUCAUCCACUCGCACGUCGCGCCGGAGCUCGAGGCAUCCGCCGCCGAGCUGCGGCGUCUGCGUCCGGGCGCCCAGGUCCGCACGCUGCACUACGACGCCGUUACGUUCACGGCAGCGGAGCUCGCAGAGCGCGUCGAGGCCGUCACGGCCGGGCUGCCCGUCGCCAUCCUCAUCAACAACGUGGGCAGCAUCCCGAUCAGCGGCGACCCGUUCAAGGAGUUCUCGGCCUACGACGGCGAGGACAUCGACCGGUGCAUCGCGCUCAAUGCAAGCUUCAUGACGCACAUGACGCACAUGACGCGCCUGAUGCUGCCCACGCUGUCACGGAGCUCGCGCUCGCUGACCCUGAAUGUUACGUCGGCCGCCCGCGUCGGCAUGCCGUGGCUGUCGCUGUACAGCGCAACCAAGGCCUACAACGCCGGCUUCAGCACGAGUGUGUGUCGGGAGCUGCGCGCCGCUGGACGGACGGACGUGGAUUGUCUGCUCCUCGCCGUCGACGGGGACGUGGUCUCGCAAGGCAAUCGGCUAGGACUGGCGCCUGAGGGUUCCAUACUGGCGAAAGACUACGCGCGCAUGGCGCUUGAGCGCGUCGACUCGGCCGUCCGUCGGGGGAUGGUGCAGCUGAAUCCAUACUGGAAGCACGAGCUCUUGUUCGCCAUCAUGCCCUGGGUCCCCGAAAGCGCUGUACAGGCGGCCGUGACCGAGCAAAUCACCCAGAAGAAAGAGGGGUUCUAUAAGCUUCAGUAG